AUGGAUCUCACAUGCAUGCCCAUCAAUGCAAUAGCAAACUUGUUCAUUCCCCAAGGGCUAGCAGUAGUAGUAGUGAUAGUGUCUGUACUAAAGCUCUGGUAUGGACAGCAGAGGCUACCGCCCGGUCCACCGGGGCUGCCAGUUCUCGGCAACCUUCACAUGUUGGGCCAACUUCCCCACCGUGACCUCCAUCGGUUGGCCAACAAGUAUGGACCCAUAAUGUAUAUGCGGCUAGGUCUGGUGCCAACGGUAGUGGUGUCGUCGCCGGAGGCUGCCGCCUUGUUCCUCAAGACACACGACCUUGCCUUUGCCAGUCGACCCACCCUGAAGGCUUUUGAAUACAUGGCAUACGGGUCCAAGGGCUUGGCCUUCUCCAAAUACGGGCCCUAUUGGCGCUUCAUUCGCAGACUCUGCACCACAGAACUGUUUACCGACUCAAAAGUUCAUUCCUUCAAAGCCACGAGGAAAGAGGAGUUCGCCCACUUCUGUACUUCACUCAAGCAAGCUGCUGAGGCUGACAUGAUCGUGGAUCUCAAGGAGAAGAUCUGAUCCCUAAUUGAGGACAUGAGUUUCCGGAUGAUAAUAGGUAGCAAGCACAGUGACUUCAGUCUUAAACCAGUUGUCCGAGAAUUCUUUAGGUUGGGUGGUACCUUCAACCUAUCUGAUUACAUCCCUUUUGUCGUUGCACUUGAUCUCCAGGGAUUGGCUCGCCGGAUGAAAGAAGUCAGAGUGAGAUUCGAUGAGAUAAUGGAGAAGAUCAUCGACCAGCAUGAACAAGAUGCUAAAGAAGAGAAGGACCACAAUAGGGACUUGGUGGAUACAAUGUUGUCGUUGAUGGCAGAGGCGUCGUCGUCGUCGAAAGAUGAACAACAUGAACAGUCCUCUGGCGAUUAUUGCAACAUGGAUCGGACGGAUAUCAAAGCAAACGUACUGAACAUUAUCGGGGGUGCAAUAGACUCAUCGGCAGCCACGAUCGAGUGGGCAUUCACGGAGCUGCUCAGGCAUGAGCAGGUAAUGAAAAAUGUCCAACAGGAGCUGCAGCGCGUAGUUGGGAUGAACCGGGCGGUGGAGGAGGAUGAUUUAGCAAAGCUAGAGUACUUGGACAUGGUGGUGAAGGAAAGCUUGAGGCUUCAUCCUCCAGGCCCAUUCCUACUCCCACGAGAAUCCAUAGAAGACACCACUGUAAAUGGAUACCACAUACCCAAGAACUCUCGAGUCAUUAUAAACGUUUGGUCUAUUGGGCGGGACACCAAUGUGUGGUCUGAAGAUGCUCACCAAUUCAACCCUGAAAGGUUUAGAGGUUCGACUGUAGAUGUGUUUGGCCAGGAUUUCCAACUUAUCCCAUUUGGUUCAGGUCGAAGAGGUUGCCCAGCUAUAAAAUUGGGCCUCACUGUGGUUCGCCUAGUGCUAGCGCAAUUGGUGCACUGCUUUGACUGGAGGCUUCCUAAUGCCAUGUUACCUGCAGCAGAUUCCUUGGACAUGACGGAGAAGUUCGGCAUAUCGAUGUCAAGGUCUAGUGAUUUGCUUGUCAUUCCCACUUUUCGCCUUAAGAACAACUUUGGCUCCUUUUAA